GCAGGAAGAGACGGAGAGAGCGGCUCAAACGUUCUUCUUCUUCGCUAUGAAGGUAGAAGGUGUGUGUGAGCUGAUCCAGUGAAUCCAGCAGCAUGGAUCAGUGUGAGGACACACAGGAGGGAGCCCCUCCCCCUGAAAGCACUCUGUGUGGGGAAGAUGAGAGCCAGAGCAAAGCUCAGAGGAACCAACCUGGACCUGGAGUUGAACCCAGCUGUGUGUCCUUCAGGAGUGACAGGUCAAAGGGUCUUGAUGUUGACUUCAAAGGCAACAGUUCAGGAGUGGAACAAGUGGACCAGCAGAGCUCAGAGACUCCCAGUGAUCCAUCUGUCCAUCAGAAUCAAACACAGCUGGACUCCAUAUUUCUGCUGCUGGAGGACGACAUUGUUACUUUUGUGAAGAAGGAGCUGAAGAAGAUCCAGAGAAUUCUGAUUCAGAGGGAGGAUGAGGAACUGGAGGAUGAAGAUGAAGAUCAGAGGAGCAGCAGAGAGUCACUAAUAAAGAUCACAGAGAACUUCCUGAGGAGAAUGAAGCAGGAGGAGCUGGCUGAUCGACUGCAGAACAGAUCUUCUUUUGAAGUUUGUCAACAUAAAAUCCAAUCUGGUCUGAAGAAGAAGUUCCAGUGUGUAUUUGAAGGAAUGGCUAUAGCGGGAAACCCAACCCUUCUGAAUGAGAUCUACACAGAGCUCUACAUCACAGAGGGAGGAACUGGAGAGCUGAAUGAAGAACAUGAGGUCAGACAGAUUGAAGCAGCAUCCAGGAAAGCAGACAGAGCAGAAACAAGCAUCAGACAAGAAGAGCUCUUUCAACUCCCAGCUGGAAGACAAGAACCAAUCAGAACCGUGAUGACAAAGGGAGUGGCUGGCAUUGGGAAAACAGUCUUAACACAGAAGUUCACUCUGGACUGGGCUGAAGGCAAAGCCAACCAGAACAUCCACUUCAUAUUUCCAUUCACUUUCAGAGAGCUGAAUGUGCUGAAAGAGGAGAAGUUCAGCUUGGUGGAACUUGUUCAUCACUUCUUCCCUGAAACCAAAGAAGCAGGAAUCUGCAGCUUUGAAGACUUCCAGAUCAUCUUCAUCUUUGAUGGUCUGGAUGAGUGUCGACUUCCUCUGGACUUCCACAAGACUCAGAUCCUAACUGAGCCUAGAAAGUCCACCUCAGUGGGUGAUCUGCUGACAAACCUCAUCAGGGGGAACCUGCUUCCCUCUGCUCGCCUCUGGAUAACCACACGACCUGCAGCAGCCAAUCAGAUCCCUGCUGAGUGUGUUGACAUGGUGACAGAGGUCAGGGGGUUCAAUGACCCACAGAAGGAGGAGUACUUCUGGAAGAGAUUCAGAAAUAAAAAGGAGGUCAGAAGGAUCAUCUCCCAUAUCAAGAGAUCCCGAAGCCUCCACAUCAUGUGCCACAUCCCAGUCUUCUGCUGGAUCACUGCUACAGUUCUGGAGGAUCUGCUGAAGAGCAGAGAGGGAGGAGAGCUGCCCAAGAGCCUGACUGAGAUGUACAUCCACUUCCUGGUGGUUCAGGCCAAAGUCAAGAAGGUCAAGUAUGAUGGAGGAGCUGAGACAGAUCCUCACUGGAGUCCGGAGAGCAGGAAGAUGAUGGAGUCUCUGGGAAAACUGGCUUUUGAGCAGCUGCAGAAAGGAAACCUGAUCUUCUAUGAAUCCGACCUGACAGAGUGUGACAUUGAUAUCAGAGCAGCCUCAGUGUACUCAGGAGUGUUCACACAGAUCUUUAGAGAGGAGAGAGGCCUGUACCAGGACAAGAUGUUCUGCUUCAUCCAUCUGAGUGUUCAGGAGUUUCUGGCUGCUCUUCAUGUCCACCUGACCUUCAUCACCUCUGGAGUCAACCUCAUGGAGGAAGAACAAAAGGAGUCCUUGAUCCAGUUCUACCAGAGUGCUGUGAACAAGGCCUUACAGAGUCCAAAUGGACACCUGGACUUGUUCCUCCGCUUCCUCCUGGGUCUUUCACUGCAGACCAAUCAGAGUCUACUACAAGGUCUGCUGACACAGACAGGAAGUAGCUCACAGACCAAUCAGGAAACAGUCCAGUACAUCAAGGAGAAGAUCAGUGAGAAUCUGUCUACAGAGAAAAGCAUCAACCUGUUCCACUGUCUGAAUGAACUGAAUGAUGGUUCUCUAGUGGAGGAGAUCCAACAGUUCCUGAGUUCAGGACGUCUCUCCACAGAUGAACUGUCUCCUGCUCAGUGGUCAGCUCUGGUCUUCAUCUUACUGUCAUCAGAAGAAGAUCUGGAAGUGUUUGACCUGCAGAAAUACUCUGCUUCAGAGGAGGCUCUUCUGAGGCUGCUGCCAGUGAUCAAAGCCUCCAACAAAGCUCUACUGAGUGGUUGUAAGCUUUCAGAGAGAAGCUGUGUAGCUCUGUCUUCAGUUCUCAGCUCUCAGUCAUCCAGUCUCAGAGAUCUGGACCUGAGUAACAACAACCUGCUGGAUUCAGGUGUGAAACUGCUUUCUUCUGGACUAGAGAGCCCACACUGUGAACUGGAAACUCUCAGCCUGUCAGGUUGUCUGAUCACAGAAGAAGGAUGUGCUUCUCUGGCUUCAGCUCUGAAGUUCAACCCCUCCCAUCUGAGAGAGCUGGACCUGAGCUACAAUCAUCCAGGAGAGGGUGGAAUGAAGCCACUGUUGGCACAGCUGGAAAAUCCACACUGGAGACUGAACACUGUCAAGGCGGAGCCUGCUGGAGUCCAAUGGUUGACCCCAGGUCUGAGGAAGUAUUCCUGUCGCCUCACAAUCGACACAAACACAGUGAACAGAAACCUCAAACUGUCUGACAACAACAGGAAGGUGACCUUUGAGACGGAACCUCUGUCAUAUCCUGAUCAUCCAGACAGAUUCGACAUGUGUCAUCAGCUGCUGUGUAGAGAUGGUCUGACUGGUCGCUGUUACUGGGAGGUUGAGUGGACAGAUUUGGUUUAUAUAUCUGUGAGUUACAGAGGAGUCAGUAGAAAAGGAAGCGGUAAUGACUGUAUGUUUGGAUGGAACAAUCAGUCCUGGAGUCUGAUCUGCUCUCAUGUUCGUGGCUACUCUGUGUGCCACAAUAACAAUGAAAUAUACAUCUCUUCCUCCCUCUCUUCUUCCUCCUCCCCCUUUUCCCCCUCUUCCACUUUUAGAGUAGCAGUGUAUGUGGACUGUCCUGCUGGUACUCUGUCCUUCUUCAAAGUGUCCUCUGACUCACUGAUCCACAUCUACACCUUUAACACCACAUUCACUGAACCUCUUUACCCUGGAUUUGGGUUCAGAUUCUUGACUUGCUCCUCAGUGGCUCUGUGUUGAGAUCAGAGUAAAGGUUAGGGUCCUCUCAGAGAAACUCUCUGCUGAACAGUUAGUUCAGUCUCUACAUGUCUGCCUCUUUACGUGUUUUCAGAUUCAAAUUUUCAAUGUGUUUCCUCCUGAACGUUUUGAUGAAAGACUCAAUGAUGUCUUAAGUUAUUUCUCAUCUAGUUCUGUAUAGAUAUAAACUGCUGUUAAUACAAAAUUCAAUUGUUGUUUUUCUUUCUUAAUUGAAUCAAAGUUUCCGUGAAUGUCAGCAUAUUAUAUUUCUUUGAAGCACAAAUAUUGUGCAACAAUGUUACAAAAAAGGAUUAGCUGAUCUUUUGAUCAGCUAAUCCUUUUUAGAUGAUCAAUUAUCAAUACUUGGUGUGAAGGGUUACAAAAAUAAAAAUAAAAUAAAAGACUUCAUGUAUGGACAUCACAUUUUAGGAUAUAUUACCACAGUAGUUGAAUUACUUAACUGGGGACCUGUGACUAUGUGUAUAUGUAAAGACCUCACUUUUUAGCUAAGGUUUUAGGGGGUUAAACUUGAACACUUCUCAACAUUUAGUUUGAUUCAAAGUUUACUAUCUACAAGUAUUUUUUCUUUAAGUCACAUGGACUUUUAUAUGUUUAGAAACUUGGGUGUAGUGAUAGACGCAGACUUAAAUUUUGAUAAACACAUUAAGACAGUCACUAAAUCAGCCUAUUAUCAUCUCAAAAAUAUCUCAAGGAUUAAAGAUCUGAUG